CUGCUGCCAUCACUUCGGUUUUGACUUUCGUUCGGUGCGGUUCGCAAGUUUGUGCAGUGAGUGCUUGUUCCGGUUGCAGCUACUUUUUUCCGUUCGUGGAACAUUUUUUUCUGGUUUUCUUAAACCCAAAAGCGUUUCCUGCGAAUAAUAUCCUGGUUGAACUAUCGCGUGCUCCCGUAUAAGGAUCGAGCAUAGCAAAUAAUUUCGUUCUCUGAGUGGUUCAAUAAUCGGCAAACGUAACAUCAUGAGCGACGACCACCAAAAUGGCGAUCACCGUGAAGACGAGGAAAUCCGGGAGCCGGAGCACAUGCGUAAGCUGUUCAUCGGCGGGCUGGAUUACCGCACCACGGACGAGACGCUGAAGGCAUACUUCGAGAAGUGGGGAAAGGUCGUCGAUGUUGUUGUGAUGAAAGACCCGAAGACUAAACGCAGCCGCGGUUUCGGUUUCAUCACCUAUUCAAAGUCGUACAUGGUCGAUGAGGCCCAGUGUAAACGUCCGCACAAGAUUGAUGGCCGUGUCGUGGAACCAAAACGGGCUGUACCCCGGCAGGACAUUAAUCGACCGGAGGCGGGAGCUUCGGUGAAGAAGCUGUUCGUCGGAGGACUGCGAGAUGAUUUCGAAGAGGAACACCUGCGGGAAUAUUUCGGCAAGUUCGGUAACGUGAUCCUGGCCUGCAUUGUAACCGACAAGGAGAAUGGCAAAAAGCGUGGUUUUGGAUUCGUUGAAUUUGAUGACUAUGAUCCCGUGGACAAGAUUAUUCUCCAAAAAAGCCACACCAUCCAGAACAAGAUGUUGGAUGUGAAGAAAGCCCUGCCGAAACAGGAGAUGGAUCGGUACAAGAGUGAUACCGGUCGUGGAGGUGGUGGUGGCGGAGCCUGGGGUAAUCAACAGCGCGGAGGCGGUCAAUCGCAGGGAUGGGGCCAGACUGGAGGACGUGGCGGCGGUGGUUGGGGGCAGAGCCAGCGCGGAGGUCAAAAUGACUGGGGCAGCGGUGGCUUCCAGCAGCAGGGUGGAUUCAACAAUAGUGGAUACGGCAAUGGCGGUGGCUACAACGCUGGCGGUGGCAAUUGGAGUCAGGCUGGAAACCCAUGGGAUCAUGGAUGUAACACUCAGGGAGGAUGGGGUCAACAAACCGGUGGUUGGGGAGCUCAAGGUACUGGCGCGGAUUUCGGCAACAGUUUUGGAAAUAAUUACCAGCAGGGAUACAAUGCCGGUCCGGUGCGAGCCGGAGGGUACAACAACCAGAGAUCGGCACCUUACGGCAUGGAGUCGUACGACGCUAACCAGGGUGGAUUCGGUGCUAGCGGUGGCGGCUACGGAGCCGCUGGAGGUAAUCGUCGAUACUAAACGGUUUAUAGUACAAGGAUGAGGCUGGGACGCACGCUCUAUCGUGUCAGGUGUGUUGCAAAAAAAGAAAGAAGAAAAGGUCAGAAUCAGUCGGAGAGAUUGAGGCAGAGACAGACGAGGUAAAACAGAGCAAGGAAGAUAUGUUUUGAGCAAGGAUGACUGAUAAAAUAGGCGUCAGAAGUGAAACAAGCAGAAGGAGCAUUCGUAUUUUUAUUAAGCUAACCAAGGAAGUAACGAAAUGAAGGAAGGAGAGACACAGCAUAACACAAGUAUAUAGACAAAUCAUUCACCAGGAAGACGCAGUUUGGAGGCGAUUUUUAUUGACAGCAGUGAAGAAUCUUUAGUGAAAAGGGGAAUCUUGAGAGUGGUUGGUCAGAGAGAGAGAGAGGGGACACAGCAAACCACCGAAAGAGUGACCAGAUCAGUUCGCCAGCAGAGACAGUAGGCGUGCAGUUUGAUUACCUUUCUUUGUCUGUGCGAAACCCGCGCUUACUCCUUCUCCAGUAAAAACUUUUCAAGUGCAGAAGAACAAUAGCAUUCUUCACAGAUCUCUAAACCCUUAGAAUUAUCUUUUCCUUGUGGAUUGUGAUGGAAAGUAAUCUUUCCGCUCGCAAAAUUUCUUCGCACGCAAGAAAGAAAACCAAUUUUGAUUUUUAUUGUGGAAAUCACAGUCAAUGAAACAUGCAUCAAAAUAUAGCAACAUAGAUCUACGGAAUAGUUUAAGGUUCAGUUGUAAGAGGAAUAUUUCUUUUUCUCGCAAAUAUACAGCGACAGCAUACUUGCAAAAGUGUUUAGGUGAAGCUACAAACUCGUAAAAAUCGUCCAUCAAUAAUAAUAUACACACUUGAAUCUAUUAGCGAAACAGAUGGUAGUACCACAAAUAAGAACAGAUUUACGAGGAACGGCACAGGAGAGAGCCUACAGACAGAUGCUUGUAAAUAUUUUCUUAAAGAUAAGACAAAUUCAAUUUUAUACAACUUAAUGCGCUAACUGAAGGCGACCAGGUUUUUUUUCAGCUGACGAAACACCUCAUUCGGGUUGGCACCAUAAUUUAUUGUCUACUUCAUUAGGACUUAUUAUUUCGCUCCAAUGAACAGUUUGAGUUUUUCUAUGGGAUUCUGCUUUCUCGUCCAAAUGAUCGGCUAUCCGUCCCAUCCUUUUUCCUAUUUUCCUCUCAGUAUGCAUAGAACGAACGCAGAUCAGAUUCGUAUAGCACAGACCGAUUCGUGCAGUAGCGUAUUUUCAAGCAGAAGUCGAUGCAGUAUUUGCACAGUUCAACCGUUUAGUUUUGAGUCUCGGUUAGAGCAAGUUUCUAGAAUGAAAACAAGCAAAGUCAAGUGUAUGAGAAAUAACUAGAUAUCUGUACUAACUAGUAGAGUUAAUGAACAGCAUAAGAUUUAAUCAAAUAAAUGUUCAAAUUGAGUAAAUUCAAGAUAGUAAAGGUAAAAAGUAUAGUGAGAAAAAAUGGAAA